AGGGACAAGAAAAUAUAUGGGGUCCCAGUUUUGUAUUGCAAACAAAAAAAGAAAACUCACAGGCUACACAUUUUUUCUCUAAUAUCAUGGUUGUGUUGCAGAUUGAAAAGAAAUGGAAAAAGAAGGUAGUGUGAGCAUCAAUCCAACCCCCUUGUUUCGACCACCACCACCAAGAACGCAGACUUUGGAUGAUAUACAACUAGUUUCACCGUCAUCAUCUCAACUAUGUGAAGAGUCUACUAAUUCUUGUGAACUUCACACUCCUCAAGUUAAAAAUGAACUGAUACCGAGAAUUAACCAACAAUUUCGCAACUUAGAGGAUGUGUAUUCCUUCUACAACAAUUAUGCAUUUCAUGCUGGAUUUAGUGUGCGAAUAAAUUCAAGCAAGACGGAUAAGAAUGGUGAACUUAGUAGGAAAGAUUAUGUUUGUUUUAAAGAAGGGGAGAGGAGAAUUUCUAAGGCCACUACUACACGUCGUCGGGGUUUGACUAGAGCGAAAUGUGGUGCAAAAUUAGUUGUCGUGAGAGCCCGAUCAGGUGAAGGGUUUGUUGUCUCCAACUUUGUCGAGGGUCGUAGCCACCUUCUUACGACUCCGAGGAAGACACAUUUGUUGAAAUCUCAUCGUCGCAUUUCCGAUGCACAAAAAUCUUUAACAAAACAUCUCACUGCUGCAAAUGUGCCCCCCCAUCAACAAAUGAGUAUUUUGGAGUUACAAGCCGGGGGUCUUGAAAAUGUUGGAUUUUUAGCACAAGAUCUUUAUAACAAAAAUAGGGAUGAGAGAAAUUGCGUAGAUGGAUAUGACGCCGACAUGUUGUACGAGUAUUUUGAGACCGAACAACAAAAAAAUCCCAGUUUUUAUUUUACAAUGGAGAAAGAUGAUGAGGGGAGGAUGAGUCAUUGUUUUUGGGCGGAUGCCACAUGUAGAAAGUCGUAUCAAUAUUUUGGGGAUGUGGUGGUAUUUGAUACAACCUACAAUACAAAUCGAUAUUCUAUGAUUUUUGCUCCUAUAUUAGGAGUUAAUCACCAUAGGCAGACUACGCUUUUCGGUUGUGGAUUCUUGUGUAAUGAAUUGAGUGAUUCAUUUGAAUGGCUUUUUAAAGAAUGGCUGAAAGCAAUGCCAGGAGGCCCGCCUAAAAUGAUCAUAACUGAUCAGGAUUUGGCAAUGACAAAAGCAUUUGGUAAUGUUCUUCCAAAUAAGCACCAUAGAUAUUGCAUUUGGCACAUUGUGAGUAAAUUUUCUUCAAAGAUAAGUGCAUUAUCUUAUAAAGAACAUUAUGAUGAUUUCAAAAGAUGUAUAUGGAAUUCGGAGAGCCCUGAAGAGUUUGAUAGAAGAUGGGAAGAUAUUGUAACAAAAUCUAACUUGUCCGACAAUGAAUGGUUACAGUCCAUGUACGAAAUUCGUGACAGAUGGGUUUCGGCAUAUACGAAACACAUUUUUUCUGCCCACAUGACAAGUAGCCAAAGAGCUGAAAUUUCUCAUGCAUUCUUUAAGAGAUACGUGUCUAAAGAAAAUACAAUGUUGGAUUUUGUUUUGCGGUUUGAAAGGGCAUUGUCACGUAUACGACAUAAUGAAUUGAAUUUGGAUCACAAAGAUGUAAAUGAGAAGCCUGUCUUGAAAACCUCGUCGUUCAUGGAAAAGGGAAUGAGUGAAAUAUAUACGCAGAGCAUAUUUUAUAUGUUUCAAGAGGAAAUCUUUCAAAUUAAUGCGUAUGUGGUAACGUUAAGACAUGAGGAUGAACAUCGGUGUUUGUGGGAUGUUCGGAGGCUGGAUAUGGAAGGGUCGAGAAGUCGAGAGAUUUUAGUAGAGAAGUCAUCAAACCUUGUCCGUUGUAGUUGUAAGAUGUUUGACUUUGACGGAAUUCCAUGUCGACACAUGUUGGCUUACUUUAGUAGAAUGCAAAUGAUGGAAUUGCCUACUAAGUACAUCUUGCGGAGGUGGACAAAAUCAGCAAAAGCGAGUAGAGUUAUGGAUGACUUGGGUAGUGUUGAGAAAGAAAUAUGCGACCGUUCGAUUUUAGUGAGGCGACAGGGUCUCUUCCAACUUGCUUGUAAUGUGAUUGAUGACGGUGUACUAGAUGAGGAAGGAACUGAAGUGGUAUCGAAGCACCUAUUACUCGCGAAGGAUGAACUUACAGUAUUGAGGAGUUCUCGCGAACCUUGUCCAACGAGUGAUAUGGAAAUGCGUAUGUCUCAUGGAAGCCAACAUAGUUUUAAAGAACCAGUCCAAGUUAGGGCAAAGGGUUGUGGUAAGCGAUUAAAAGGAGGAAAAGAGAAGGCUGUCAAGAAGAGCAGGAAAUGUCAUGGUUGUGGGUUAACGGGACAGUCGCACGACAAAAGAAAUCGUCCAAAGCUUCUUAGCAUCUCUUCGCAAGAUGUUAGGUUGGACGACGACGACGACGACGACAACGAUGACAUGUCAAACAAUGAUGUUGAAUGUAAUUUCAAUUUAUUUGUAUACUUGUGGUCUUUAUUUUUUUGUAGCUUUCUUCAUAUUAUGAGUUACUUGUGUUUCAGGAUGGCAACAUGCGGAGACGGAGAUGACGACAUGGGGGAUUGUUCUAGAUUCAGUGUUUUUUAUGCAAAGCUGCUGUGGUCCUAG